CAAAUACCGUGUCUCUCUGAUUACGAUUCAUUUCGUCAGUCAUACAAAUUUCUGGAAUACAAGUGACUUUAAAAACUUUCAGUAAAUUAUACGGAUUUUUAUGUAGUUCAUAUCCUCUAGCAAAAUGGAGAACCGUCAGCUGGAUACAAUAUUUGGCAUCAUCCUGAACAUAAUGUUUCCCAUCAAGUUGCUGCUCCGUGUGUACUCACUGGGCAUCCUGAUGAUAGACUUUAUGUGGGUGUGGGUGAAUGCAGCCUUGGCCAUUAUGCAGGCUACAUAUGAGCUGUUCUGGCCUCCUCCCAUGAAGUCCUUGAAUAUGGAGACGGCUUUAGUCAUAGGCUCUGGCAGAGGAGUAGGCCGGGAGCUAGCCAUCCAGCUCUCAGAUCUAGGUGCUAUUGUGCUCUGUGUAGACAAGAACAUUGCCAACAACAAGAAUACCCUGGAAGCGAUCAAGCGGCGUGGUGGCUCGGCUCUUAGCUUCACCUGUGAUAUCACGAAGAAGCAAAAUGUUGAGGAGUUGGCGGCGCAAGUGCGGAAGGAGAUAGGUUUCGUUAGCAUGCUGUUCAAUUGCUGCGGCAUUCCCAGUCCUCGGUCUCUGCUCACGCAACCUCCGCAAGACAUACAUGAAACUUUGGAUCUCACACUUACAUCGUUUUUCUGGCUCAUAGACCAGUUCAUCCCAGCCAUGAAAGCGAAGAACCGCGGCCACAUAGUAGCGCUGACUUCAGUGGCUGGUCUCAGCUACAUCAAGGAUCAGAUGCCGUUGAGUGUCGCACAGUUUGCAGUCCAAGGCCUGGCAGAAUCUCUAAUGGAGGACCUCAGAAUAAACAGGAUAGACGGGGUCCACGUGACCCUGACCCACAUAUAUCCGUUCAUCGUAGGGGAAGACAGCUCGGAAUUGAGGUUAAGGAUACCAAGCUACUUCGGCACUAUAACACCUCAAGUGGCAGCCUCCAGUAUACUAGAGAGUGUCCGUCGGAAUUACCCCGAAGCAUCAGUGCCUAAACACCUCCUCUUCCUAGGCCACCUGCUCCGGAUAUUACCCAGGAAAGCCACGGUACUGAUACGGGAUCUAUUAGACACGGGCGUGGAUUUUGCGUGAUACUAGUACUAAUAUUAUAAUAUCUGGUUAAUCAGAUUUCUAUGUUAUGAUUUUGCCAACUAUUUAAAUAUCUUUCUUACUAAGCACUAAGGGCCAGUUGCACCAACCACAUCUAACGGACUGAUUAGAUUAGAUGACGUCAAUCAGCAGUGUAGUAUGAAACUUCCCAUACAAUAAAAUUUUGCGAACGCUUUAACAGUGACAGACGGUUUGCUGCAAGCGACCCUAAGUCAAGCGAAGCAAGAAAGAUAUCAGUGUUCAUAUUUAUAAAUCAAGUUAUAAUUAAGGUUUAUUGUAAGAAAACUAUAUUUGAUUAGGGCUUGUGCACCAAUCACGCGAGGUCCGAGGAGUGGAGGUCACGAAAAAAUCACGAUUGAUCACGUUGGGGGAAGGGGGGUAUAAAGGAAACCUCACGUGUAUUUUCUACAGUGAACGAAACUAAGAAAAAAAAUCCUACCACAUAAGUAGAUACUUUUUCUCGGUCUCUUUAAACAUAGAUCUUCACUCUGCACUUCAAAAUAGCGAGUCUAUUUAACAAAAAUAUAAAAAUAAACAAGAUUUUCUAUAUACAAGACUAUUUAUCUUAAAAUUAGGUCGAAUAAAAAAUAUUCAAAAAAAAAUACACGUG